CGCAUCCACCCUCGCCGCCGUCCCGCCACCCCUCAAUGAGCUCUGCGCAUACAUGCUUUCGCAGCGCCCUGAUACAGGCAUUCCGUCCUUCUAGUCGUGGGAUCGCUGCCUCCUGUUCCGUCUCUGCAUUUCUCGUUCCCGCGCUCGCUCGACCGUCGAAACGUCCCUUCUCGUCAGCGAAAGACAGCCCGAAGAAACAAGCACCGCCAUCUCAAGCGUCUGUAGAUGUUUCAGGUGGCUUAUUGUCGUCUACGUUGCCCCCAAAGGCCAACGACGAGCCAAUACCAACUCGCAUCUAUGCGCCGCGCGCUGAUGUCCGUGGCGACAUCCAGCAAUGGCUUGCAGCCAUCGAUCCCUUCCUCCCAAUUCACUUGCGACGAGACUCUUCGCCCAAGGCUGAUAUAUCGUCCACGGUGACGGCACUUGAUAUAUCUUUUUUUCUGAACAAGGCCCAGGAAGCGUCACACGACAUACUCAGUUACCUGGGUCUGGAAGAAGGACGGUGGCAGACGGCGGUCUGGAUAGUGAAGAAGCUCGUCGAGGAUGGACGACACUCGAUCAGGCCUCCGACACUACUGGAACCAUCUGCGAACGCGGUAUGGCCAGGGAGCGAAACUCGAUCUCUGAAGGACCUGACGGAGAGCCCCAUUCGUACCGAACGAGUCCGCCCUUCGCAUAAACUGAACCUUUCCUUGGACGAUCUGACGUUGGAACCAGACACAAUCGCUCUGCGACACAACCUAGUGAAGCGAGCGCUAGGGCAGCUUUGGAGAAGCCUGGGAAACAUGAUCCUGGUCGCUACAGAGCGAAGCAGUACGGACGAGGACACAAUUAUGCCGCACGUUCUGGAGAUUAUCGCCUAUCUACACCACAUCGGUUUCAUGCCCGACUCAGUCUACACAUACCGGCCCCAUGAGAACAAGUACGCGUUCCAACAACCUCCCACGCUUCACAUGUUGUCCUCCAAGAUUCUCACAGCCUUGUCCGAUGCGACAUGGAAAGCCCACGAGGCUUCGGUGGUGACUGCAAAAGAACGUGCCAAUGCUUCAUACUUUCUUGGACACGAGAUACCUGGUUCUCGAUAUAAAGUCCAGGUGACAGAGGUCGCCCCAGAAUUAUGGCUGGAGCUUGUCUUAUGGUCAUGUUUGCACGGUGGAUGGACACUGGAUGGGACUGCUAUCCUAGAGCAGCUGGCAUCAAAGCAAGGAGAAAACAACUGGGCACUCAUUAGCUGGAGGGAGAUCAUGCAAGCACAACAGGAGAAAACGCCUACGUCCACGCCGUCGAGAGCCUGGAGAUUGUUCUCCGUGGCCGAGGACGACGCUGCAAGCCCUGAAGACCGAGCGCGGACACGGCGAACAAUAAGCGGAGAAAUCGUUACCGGUUUCAUAGACGGGCUAGUCAACGAAAUGCGACUAGGUGUGGGAUCUAGAGGCAUUGACCCGGAGACUCUGGUUGACUCCAUCAAAACGUUGAAGGCAUUCCUUGAUGGGAACAACUUGAGUCUUGGAUCAGCAGCUUGGGAUUCCAUCAUGGCAAGACUUUUGGAGUCUGGCGGGUUCGUACCUGAGAAGCGGCCAGAUCUAUUACUGCGCAUAUUUGAGCUUGCUGCUGGAUUCGGUACCGAGGUCAGCGCCGCAAAUGCCUCUGCUACAAUUGAUACGGAAGUUCCAUACUUCUUCGAGCCCACCACCAUACCACUCAGCUUACUACACCGAGCGAUGCGAGCAUUCAUCGGGAUUGGAGAUAUCAAGGGCGCCAUGACGACACUGAUGCUGCUCCAACAACAUACGGACGAUAACAAGCAAAAGUCAGUGCAGCAGUUCUUCGAUAUUCUGAGAAAAGUGCCACAUUUACGGAAAGAUGAGCCAUUCACAAGUCGACUUCCACCUGUUGAGUUUCCAGCCUUCGAUGCUAAAUUGCCCGUAACUGUAUUGGCCAGAGUACUGGACCUCGCAACAGAGUCGAAGCUAUACGACCUAGGACGCUGGUUGCUCUUCGCCGAAGAUCUGGAUGGUCCACUCAUCGGCCCCGAGCUCUAUAGCCAUCGAAAUAUUGCCGCUUCCAUUGUACGCUUUGGUACCUUAGCUGGAGAAAAUGAACUCGUCUUGGACAUUGUCAAAAAGGUCGGGACCUGGAAUGCCAAGUAUCAACAACAACGGAUGCCUGCGGAAAUUCUGACAGCGCUGCUUUGCUGUCAGUUCAAGCUUCGUCGGUGGGAAUCUGUUCGAGGCAUGCAACAGUAUGUGGAAGAGACGAUGACUUUUAGGCCGCGACCUGUCAUACUCUCGACAUUUGCUGCGGAACUCCUUAGAACCUCGGAGGGUCCCGAAGAUGCAAGACAACAAGCCCAGGAAGCUUUCGCUGAACUCCUCUUUGCUUGGGAGAAUCUUAUUCUCAGCAAUAUACGCAACGAGCUGUACUGCAUUCUAUCAAUCAUGUCCACUGUCGACAGCGAGUGGAAAGAUUACUGCUCUCAAUUUCUAGCAUUUUCUUCACGCCAAGCCAUCAAGCUAUCAACGGACGACUUCAAUCAAAUAUUAGGUGGAGUUCUAGACGGAUAUGGCAGCUCGAAGGGGAAGGACGUGGUUGAAGGGUGGUGCUACAAGCCGCCAAAGACCUUUGAGCCUUAUCGUGCUCCCGGCGGACUGCCAACCAUGCCCCGAUUUCGAGUUGGCAAGGGUGAAGAGUACGAAGAUCGCCCUGAAGAUGUCGAGCUUGUCCAAGACUCGGGCGCAAGGCUGAUCCUACAAGGUCGGGUGCACCCUAAUCGGCAGACCAUCUGGGCCAUCCUCCGAAAAGCCCAGGAGGAGGUAGAGCAGCGGAGACAGCUCGGCGAAGAGCUUCCAGCCGCUGGCCGAGCCGAAGUUCGCGAUACACUGAAGUGGGCAUCACGAUUACUCUACUACUUAGGCUUCGACUACGAGGAUAUUAUCAGGGACCUAGGCAGCAGCCUUGCAGAGCUUGCCGAGCUCGAGGCUCCUGCAGCACCUCAAAGCUUCGGACGCGAUGCUGAAAGUGCAACGCAGGGGUUCGAGUCGUAAACUCCGUGUGUCGGCGUCUUGCAUGUAGUUUAUCGUGCAUUUUGUACAUAGCUAUUGCGUAAUACAUAUCCUCUCAUCACAUGAAC